GUACCUUAUAUGAAAUCAUGAGCUAAUUAAGCUAGACAGGAAACCAGUACAGCACAAAUUAGUUUCUAAGGCAGCAAGCAAGCAAAGCAAAGCAAGAUGGCCAUAGCCGUACUGGAUGCUCUAGACAAUGCUCGAACGCAAUGGUACCACAUGACAGCCAUUGUCAUAGCCGGAAUGGGCUUCUUUACCGACGCCUAUGACCUCUUCUGUAUCUCCACCGUUUCUAAGCUCCUAGGCCGGCUUUACUACUACGACCCCAAAACAGGAGCCCCCGGAAAGCUUCCCCAAAACAUCAACAACUUGGUGACCGGAGUUGCCCUAGUCGGAACCCUAUCGGGCCAACUAUUCUUCGGCUACCUUGGGGACAAGCUUGGCCGCAAGAGAGUGUACGGCAUCACCCUCAUCAUGAUGGUCGUCUGCGCCAUUUGCUCCGGCCUCUCCUUCGGGUCCACACCAAGCGCCGUAAUGACAACCCUUUGUUUCUUUAGGUUUUGGCUUGGAUUCGGCAUUGGCGGAGAUUAUCCCCUCUCUGCCACAAUCAUGUCCGAAUAUGCCAACAAAUCAACACGCGGCGCUUUCAUAGCGGCGGUGUUUGCCAUGCAAGGCGUGGGGAUUAUCUUUGCCGGUUUGGUUUCCAUGACACUCUCGGCAAUCUUCCUUAGUCGUUACCCUGCACCAGCAUUCGAUGCAAACCCUAAAGACUAUUCUGACGUGUUAUCCACGCAACCGGAGGCGGACUUCUUGUGGAGGAUUGUCCUCAUGAUCGGGGCUCUGCCAGCCAUUGUCACGUUCUACUGGCGCAUGAAAAUGCCCGAAACGGCUCGCUACACGGCCUUGAUCGAAGGAAACGCCAAGCAAGCCGCGAGUGAUAUGGGUAAUGUUUUGGAGAUCGAAAUCCGAGCCGAGCAGGACAAGGUGGCGCAGUUCAAAGCAGCAAACGAGUACACUUUGCUCUCCGGAGAGUUCUUCAGGCGGCACGGGAAACAUCUCAUCGGAACGAUGACGACUUGGUUCUUGUUGGACAUCGCGUUUUACAGCCAAAACUUGACUCAAAAGGACAUUUUCCCGGCGAUGGGUUUGACUGACCCAGCUAAAAAGGUCAACGCUCUUAUGGAAGUCUUCCAAACCUCUAGGGCCAUGUUUGUGGUUGCGUUACUAGGGACAUUCCCUGGUUACUGGUUCACCGUGGCUUUCAUCGAAAAGCUCGGACGAUUCAGGAUCCAACUCGUCGGGUUCUUCAUGAUGUCUGUGUUCAUGCUCAUCAUUGGGUUCAAAUACGCGUGGCUAAAAGAUCACCCAGCAAUAUUUGCAACUCUCUAUGGUCUGACAUUUUUCUUCGCCAACUUUGGUCCGAACAGCACAACUUUCGUGCUUCCGGCCGAGCUGUUUCCGACGAGGGUGAGGUCCACGUGCCAUGCGAUAAGUGCAGCGUCCGGGAAGGCUGGGGCGAUGAUCGGUGCAUUUGGUAUACAAGACAUAACUUUGGAUGGAAAACCCAAGUCGAUUCAAAAGGCUAUGAUGAUUUUGGCGUUUACCAACAUGUUAGGGUUUUGUUUCACGUUCAUGGUCACCGAGACCAAAGGGCGGUCCUUGGAGGAGAUCUCCGGCGAAGAUGGUGACAACGGCGGCGAAAAUGGAAUACGUACGGAUGCACCGGUGUCUAAGUAGCUAAAAUAUUUUCUUUUUGAUUAGUUAGUCAAAUAAAUGAGCAAUAUCUUAUUUGCUGGAAAGGUGUUAUAUUUACAGUAGUAGCAAUAAGAGCCAUAAGGUUGUGAACCAGUUUGAAGUACUGGUGCUAGUUUAAGAUGAAGUGGAAGGCGUCACGUACAAUGUAUCUUUUCUUUCAACAAUGUUUCUUUUUUGGUUUUAAUUUUUACAGUGAAGAUGUGUGUGUAUGUUUGCUACAAAAUGAAGAUUGAAUCUCAUUCUAUA